GCGUCUGCGCCACACAAGCAUCAAUCCGCUGGCUCAUGUCAAGGCUUCUUUUUAUUAUAAUUUUCUCCAGCUGAUUCACGAAAAAUUUUCACCAUUCCUCUGCGUAUUAUUGGGCGGAAUCCUCCCCGGAGGUCGACACUGAGAGUGUGUCGUUUGCUGAAAUCAUAAAGGCGUGGUUUUGGAUGGAGAUGCUCCGUCUGCUCCCGCUGGGAUCCCCACCUGCCCUCACACCGCGUUUGUCACCGCGCCAGCUGCUUAUUUUAAAAAAAGCUUGAUCCACUACAGGGCGGAUUUGAUUAGAUUUGUAUUUCUGUCACAGCGGGAUAUUGAUUUUUUUUUUUCCGCGUGGGGGGGUGUAGUGUAAUUACUGCACUGUGGACGUACGGUUUAAUCACCUCCAGAGCGAGAGGCGGCGGCGCACGGACGGAGAUAAACAGGAUCGGACGGACAGCGCGUCGCUUGGCCUCCCGGCAGCAGCAGCAGCAGCAGCAGCAGCGGUGGUGGUGGUGGUGGGAGAGGAGCCACAGCGGAGACCCUGGUUCAUGUGUAGGGCUGUUCGACGCGCAGGUCGUGCCCGCAGCGGUUCGCAAGGAUGGAAAAAACACGCAGGAUGCCCAAAAGCUCGCCAUGGCUUUGCGUCCUCAUAGUGGCGUCUGUUUUACUUGUAGUGGACAGCAAGAGAGCCAGGCAGCCUCGCUGUCCCUCAUCAUGUACAUGUACCAAAGAUAACGCGCUGUGCGAGAGCGCAGGACUGAUCCCUCGCAGCUUUCCGCCCGAUGUCAUAUCACUAUCAUUCGUCAAGUCUGAAUUCACAGAAAUCCCGAAAGAGAGCUUCAUCCACACGCCUGCCCUGCAUCUCCUCCUCUUCACAGCCAACAACCUGGAAUCUAUAAACGAGGACGCUUUCCUCGGUCUUCCUCACAUGGAGUAUCUGUUCAUCGAAAACAACCAAAUCAAGUCGAUUUCCCCAAAUGCUUUCCGUGGACUGAAAACCCUUGUGCAUCUGAGUCUGGCCUACAACAACCUGGAGACUCUGCCCAAAGAUUUGUUCAAGGGUCUAGAGGCCUUGACAAAAGUAGACUUGCGAGGGAACCAGUUCACCUGUGAUUGUAAGCUGAAGUGGCUGGUGGAGUGGAUAUACAGCACCAACGCUACAGUGGAUCAGAUUUACUGUAAAGGCCCGGCCGCACAGCUGGACAAGAAGAUCAACGAUCUGUCACCGCAGUCCUUCGACUGCAUCACCACAGAAUUUGCUUCCUACCAGUCCCUGAAGUUUGAAUCCAUAUCCGUGGAGGCUUUUUCCUUUGGGAGCGACCAGUAUGUGGUGUUUGCACAGCCCUUCAUUGGGAAAUGCAGCUUUCUGGAGUGGGAUCACGUGGAGAUGGUCUUCAGAAACUAUGACGACAUUGACAGCACAUCCACAGUGAUUUGCAAACCUCUGGUCAUUGACAACCAGCUCUUUGUCAUUGUGGCUCAGCUGUUUGGCGGCUCACACAUCUACAAGCGAGACACCUCUGCCAACAAAUUCAUCAAGCUCCAAGGCAUCGACAUCCUCAAAAUCCGCAAACCAAACGAUGUCGAGACGUUCCGCAUCGAUGGAGAAUCCUUCUUCGUCAUAGCAGACAGCUCCAAGGCUGGCUCCACCACCAUCUACAAGUGGAACGGCAAUGGCUUCUACUCUCACCAGUCGGGGCUCCACCCGUGGUACCGGGACACCGAUGUGGAAUACAUGGAGAUCUCCUCCAAACCUCACCUGAUCCUGUCCAGCAGCUCCCAGAGGCCGGUCAUCUACCAGUGGAACAAAAGCACCAAGCAGUUUGACAGACGCACUGACAUCCCAGAGAUGGAGGACGUCUACGCUGUGAAGCACUUUCAGGUCAAAUCCGACCUCUACAUCUGUUUGACGCGCUUCAUCGGCGACUCCAAAGUCAUGCGCUGGGACGGGGCCCUCUUUAGAGAAUUGCAGACCAUGCCCUCCCGUGGCUCCAUGGUGUUCCAGCCCUUCUCUGUGGGCAGCUGGCAGUACGCCAUCCUGGGCAGCGAUUACUCUUUCACCCAGGUGUACCGCUGGGAUGCCAAGAAGGGCGAGUUUGUCCACUUCCAGGAGGUGAACAUCCAGGCGCCAAGGGCCUUCUCUCCAGUCUCCAUAGACAACCGGCAGUUCCUGCUGGCCUCCAGUUUCAAAGGGAAAACUCAGAUUUAUGAGCACCUGGUCAUUGAUCUGAGCAACUGAGUGAUUGUUUUCUUGACUGGCUGUUUGGUAAUUUGAGUGGUUUCUGUGUUUAUGGAUGGCUGUUACAGCAGAUCCACACAACACUGCAACAAGGCAAUCCUAACUUGAGCAAAGCAGGCAUUACUCUUACUUUUUUUAUGUCAUUCAAAUCAGUGCAUGAUACAUUUAGAAAUAAAUGCAUGUAUCUCAAUCAAAUACAUUUGGCUGAGAUGCAUGUUUAGAGUUCAAUGCACGCACCUCAAGUUAGGGUUAGAGCCAAUAUGUUGUCAAGACAUUAAUGCAUGACCAGGGCCUCACACAGGCCGUUCCAUCCUGACAAAUGCAACAUCCAUGCUCAUAAAUCCAUUAAAUCUUGCUAGUAGGUUCUUUUAUUUGUGUUCAGCUUUUCAUGUGACUCAGCAAUGUUUAUACAUUUGUAAUCUCAUAUAUUUAUCUACAGAAAGUAAUAACGAAAUGGUACUUUUUAACCUAUUAACAUGUUUAACUGAAGAAAUCUGCCAAAACGAAAUGUUUACAUUUUUCCACUUGUAUGCUAAAAGAUUUGUAAAUGAAGCUUUUGUAAGUUUAAGAGGGACCACACCAGUUAAGAUACACAUUUGUUAGGGAGAAUGGUUUCAAAUAAUUUUGUUUAUAAUUUGGAAAAUGUCAGCAUAAAUGUGAGAAUCUACUUGUAAAUCCUUGCAACUUACAUUUUUAUCGUUAAUGGUUUGUAUAAUGUUUUAAGUAUUGAAAAUUAGUUUUUCAUAAGAAGUAUGGGAAACAUUUUAGGCACACACAGGAACUAUUUUCACAUACUUAAAGAAACUGAAAUGAGGAUAUUGUUCAUAAUGCUUUACCUUUGACUAACAUGUAUGCAAAAUACAUUAAUUGUGUCAUAAUUAGGAUUAAGUUAUUGACUAAUAUCAUGCUACUUAGAGUCAAUAAAGGUUUACAUUACUAACUGUUACAUCUGAGCUUCCUGCUGGUACUGUGUAGCAUGACAUUGCUUCAGUGUGAAACGCCAACACCCAGUGCUCAAAGCAGAGCAACACGCACUAACACUUCAUUGCUUGAGGGAAAUUGUCGUCUUGAAGUUAGUUGUGUAACAGAUCUGAGAAAUAAAAUAAAAUAAAUACAAACAAAUAAAAUCCUUUUUAUUUUCUCCAACAAAGUGCACGCCUCAAUUCUACAAAGCAGCACAUUACAAUGUAAUGGAAUAAAUACAAUAAAAUCCGCUGAAUCAAAAAAAAAAAAAAAGGGAAAAAAAAGAAAAACACAAGCGAGGAGAUACACAAGUAC